CAUCAAGAGCCUUACUUGAUCGAUCUCUCUCCCACCUUCAACAAUCGCAUCCCCGCCGGAAUAAUAAACCGACAAUAAUAAACACCAGGGCUAAACUUUUUUUUUUUUUUCCAGGGCUUUUGUUUGAAUAGGAGACGAAUAAUCCCCCAAGGCAGAAAGGGAAGAAAUCGGAGAGAAAUGGAGACUCAGAACUGGCUCUUCUUCGCGGCGGUCUGCCUCCUGUCCAUUUCCUCGGCGUCCGCCGCCGGCGGCAGCUUCAACAUCACCGAGACGCUCGCCAAGUACUCCGACUACAACCAAUUCAACCAGCUCCUCUCCCAAACCGGCCUCGCCGAUGAUAUCAACAACCUCGGCACGGCCACCGUUCUCGUCGUCAACGACGGCGGCGCCGGCUCCAUUUCCGGCCAGUCGAAGCAGGUGAUCAAGAACACCCUGAUGCUGAACGUAAUCAUGGACUACCUCGACAGCAACAAGAUCAAGAGCUGGAAGAGGCGCUCGGUGACGUUCACGACCAUGUACCAGAGGACCGGCGAGGCCAGCGGCGACCAGGGCCAGAUCAACAUAACCAAGUCUGACAACAACCAGGUCCAGUUCGGCAACGGCGGGGCAGACGCGCAGCUCACCGCCACGAUGCAGAAGGUGGUGACGGCGGUGUCGCCGCUCUCCGUCAUCGAGAUCAGCAACCUGAUCCAGCCUCAGUGGAUUUACAACAAGAAGGCUUCGUCGCCAAAGAAGGCUACGUCGCCGAGCCCAUCCAACGCGCCGGCGCCGUCCAGGAGGCACAGGAAGGAGGCUCCUCAGUCGGCCGAGUCACCGGAAGCUGACUCCCCUCCACAGCCUGACGCCGAUGCUGAAUCCUCCGAUACACCGGCUCCGGCACCUGGAGGCGCCCAUUCUGCCGCUUCUUCUCCCUCCGCCCCUGCGGCUGCCUGCGCCGUGCUUCUCGGAUUGAUGGCAUUUGCUACGGGUUUCUGAAGCUUGCCGUGACGAGGAAGAAAACACAGUAAAAGGGUUGAAAAGGCUGGGCGUUAGCAAACUGCAAUAAUAUGAUCAUAGAGUGAUCGGCUUUCACUUUCCUAUUAUUAGCAUACACCACAGCUUUUUUUUUAUGUAUCCGCCAUUCUGAUCUUCAUCCUCUCUUAUUUCCUCCCAUUUAUGUAAGCAGCAUUAGAGAAAUAAAAUUUUCAAAAUGGA